GCAAUACGGCCCCACAGGUCAGAGAGCUAUCAUCGGCGACGUGCCGACACCCUACAAACGGGCUACUUUAGCGGUCCUGCGCCGUCGUCGCGGCCGCCUCGGCUCCUCCCGUGCUCCGCCUUCUCGACAGGCUGAGGCAAAGCUUCCAGAAUGACGGGCUGGAUCAGCGAUAGCGACGACGCUGAGAAGUUCGAGUCGGACAGUGACGGCGAGGUUUUGGGGAGCCUCGGCCGAGCUGGCUCGCCAAUUGCGCCCUCGAGGAACCAGCUAGGUGCUCCUGGCCCGUCACUGCUGCAUGGUAAUGGGAAGAUCAAAGGAGCAGGGCCAUCUGCCUCUUUGGUGGAGCAUUUUGUAGGGAAGGGUCUCAUUAAGGAGAAUGGGGAUGGUGGUGCAGAGUCAUUACUAGAGCUUCUGCUAACGUACAAGGCAAUAAGCAGUGAACCUUCAGUGGAUAACUGCUCCGCUUCUGGUUGUGGACCUCGGACUUUUGAUGAGAACAAUGGCAUCCUUGCAAGUCGUGAUGCACAGGGUGGUGGUAGGAGUAGCAACAGGGAUCUUACAUCAGAUGAUUCUGGUGAUGAGGAUUUCCUCCUACAAGGCCUAUCACUAAAGGAAGAGAAAAUCGAGUCCCUAGUGAGAAUGGGCUUUCCUAAAGAUGAAGCAGAAAUGGCUGUUGUUAGAUGUGGGCAGGAUGCACCUAUGUCUGUUCUGGUUGAUUUGAUCUAUAAUUCAGAAGCUUCAGAAGAUGGUUACUAUGGCAAUUUCUCUGAUCAUGAGGAUAAUUCUUAUGGAGGAAGAAAGGAAAAGAGGAAGAGAUUUGAAGGUGCCGAAGAAGGAAGUAGAGGCCCCUUAGAUACUAGCAGUGACGAACCAAUGCCUCUCCCAAACCCAAUGGUUGGGUUUAACCUGCCAAAUCAGAGGAUGAGAUCAGUGGACAGGUGUCUACCCUCAAAGGCUAUCGGGCCACCCUUCUUCUACUAUGAGAACGUGGCCAUUGCUCCGAAGGGUGUCUGGACGGCGAUAUCACGGUUCUUAUAUGACAUCCAACCUGAGUUUGUGGAUUCCAGGUUCUUAUGUGCGGCUGCCAGGAAAAGAGGUUACAUACAUAACCUGCCAAUUAAGAACAGGUCACCUCUCCUUCCCUUACCCCCAAAGACAAUAUUUGAGGCCUUCCCCCGAACUAAAAAGUGGUGGCCGAAAUGGGAUCCAAGAAAACAGCUCAAUUGCCUCCUCACCAAUGUUGCUAAACCAAAGUUGAUGGAACAGAUUCACCAUGCUCUUGCAAAAUUUGAAGGUCUGCCACCUCGACGUGUUCAGAAGUAUGUCUUGGAAACCUGCAGGGAGGGGAACCUGGUAUGGGUCGGUCUGAACAAGGUUGCUCAUCUGGAGCCUAAUGAGAUGGAAUUCCUGCUUGGUUUUCCCAAGGACCACACCAGGGGAAUCGGCAUGACUGAGAGAUACAAGUCUUUGGGAAAUUCAUUCCAUGUCGACACCGUCGCAUACCAUCUCUCAGUACUUAAGGACAUGUUUCCACAGGGCAUGAACGUUCUUUCCUUGUUCUCUGGCAUUGGAGGAGCAGAGGUAGCUCUCCACAGGCUCGGAAUACGCAUGAAGACGGUUGUUUCGGUGGAGAUAUCUGAGGUGAACAGGUUCGUCUUGAGGAGCUGGUGGGAUCAAACCCAAACGGGCACUCUGAUUGAGAUUGCUGAUGUUCAGAGCCUGACUUCCGAGAGGCUGGAGUCAUGCAUCAGGAGGAUUGGUGGUUUUGACCUCGUGAUUGGCGGCAGCCCCUGCAACAAUCUUGCAGGGCGCAAUCGGUUCCACCGUGAUGGCUUGGAGGGCGAGCAUUCUUCCCUCUUCUAUCAUUAUGCUAGGAUCUUGGACACUGUGAAGUCCACCAUGGACAGAAUGUAGAAGAUUAUUGCAGUCUAGGAUCUCUGCUGCGUUUUGUGGGGUAUUCGGUGGAGCAAUGACUGCCCUAGCUCCCGAUUUCAUGGGUGCAACUGGUUCAGCAGCCAAUACCAUCAUAUAUGGUCUUGAUCUGUUUGGUUUCUUUGGUUUAUGACCAGGCCAUGGCUACAUCGUCCUGCUAAUCAUGCCCUGACUGGCAGUGCCCUCUCUUUCAGACGUUAUUUGUGGUAAUUUCUGUCCAGUAUGUUCUGGUUGAGCUGUUAAUUGCAAUAAUUUCUGUCCAUUGGCUUUGAGCUGUUAUCAAAAUGGACACGGGAAGGAAUUUUUAGCAAGACAACGUGUUACUGUUACAGUUGCAGGAAACCAUGCUUCUUGGAUA